AUGAGGGUGCCUAUAUUAUUGGCCAAGGCUUGUGACUUGUUCAUCCAGGACUUGACUACUAGAUCAUGGGUGCACACAGAGGUUGGCAAGAGAAAGACGUUGCACAAGACGGACGUAGCACAUGCCAUCGCGAGGAACGAGGCAUAUGACUUUUUGGUCGACGUUGUUCCUUGGAGGAACAUUGUCAAGCCAAAGCGAACGGAAGACACCACAUUAAUAAUGCGUAACACUGGUAACCUAACACCAGAGGGUAUGCACUACCUUCAAUACCUACAUCUACAACAGUACCUCAGGGAGACAAAGACAAGUUCAAUAAUCAUUCAACCAAUUUAUAAGACAACAACAUUGUCUCCAACUGCUGCAAGUUCACAACAACAUCAACAACAACAACAACAACAACAGUAUUAUAACCAACAACAACAACAACAAUUGAUGUUGGGAUACCAACAGCAGCAACAACAUUACAAUCAAAAUCAACAACAGAAACAUAGUACAAUUUUGACAAAGUUGGAGGAAGAAGAUGAAGAUGAAGAUAUCGAUGAGGAUGAUGACGCUCACUCAAUCGAGGAAUAA